UCGCAGACUCUUCCUUUUGUUUCAUUCAUGACGAUUAUUUCCAAAAACCAGCUUAUCGAACGAAUAGAGCACUCACAGAGCAGUCAAUUGACGCCUAUGCCCCUCACAUCUGCCUUGUGCAAGUCGCUAGGUGUGCCCUUUGUCACCCAACAGAGAGACGACGUCGCAAAAGGCUUACAGACGAGCUGUGCGUCCAUAGCAACACGACCUACCGCCUACUGGACCUCACUUGCUGUGCUUGACUGCUCUAAUACUAUUGUGCUGGGAUCGGCUGGUGCCGAAGAUAACCUUCACUUUUACAAAGACCAAAGCUUAGAUGAUGCACUUGCGUAUCCUCGCUUUCAGAAUAUCCCGUCGGAUAAGUUUUCCGACCCGGUGCAUUCAUUGGCGAGCUAUGAGGAAACGGUACUCAUUGGCUCCAACCAUGGUUUUGUAAAGAUGCUGGAUAUUCAUGGCAUGGCGAACGAUACGCAAACCAUUUCCCCGCGGCAGGUAGCCCAAUACGUCCCUCCAGGAAGCAAUUAUGACCCUUUAGCUACACCGGGUAUCCCAAUUGCCAACAGCCACGUCAAAGCCGUUCAGUUUUCUAGAAGAUACACGUUCAAUCCAGACGAAUGCUACCCUGUCAAUACACUCAAGUUUUUCAUGGUCGUUGGUUCCGCCAUGCAUAUCUGGGAUGUUGAACAUCAGGCAGAACCAAUUUAUUCAAGAAAGUUUGGACCCUACCCUCUUAACAAUGGCCAUUGGUCGCCACAUGCUCCGUACAGCUUGGUUGCAACAGCUAGUACCGAUGGAAGUGUGAAUAUCAUUGACAGCCGAAUUUCUCCAUCUUCAGCUCCAGCAUGGACAUCGACACCUCGCGCUCAUCGGCCCAGUGUGCGGGAUGUCAAGUUCAGCCCUAUCAUUCCAUACUGGAUGGCAAGUGCAGGUAAGACACAAGUGGAACUAGAUGGAGUGACAGGAUACUUACAUGCUUUGCUUGCAAAGACGAUGAUGGUGUAACCCAGAUAUGGGAUAUUCGGUUUUCGCAUGCCGUGGCCGAAAUAGACGGCCAUCGCAAACCUGUUAACUCGGUAAGGGGUCGUUUUAUGGACGGAGAAUUAGACUGUGUACUGGCUAAA